UAUGUUAGAUUGUAUCUGAUGGAUCAUUGUACAUCUGCAAUAUGUCGGCAUAAAAGUGUUCACAUCUUCCAAAAAUGUUUAAUUUCUGCUGACUUCUUUGCUACAAAUGAAGUUACGUGUUAUUACCAGCGUAUAAUUACAUAAUCAGACAGGGAUAAAUUUUAACACUUUCUCUUCGUGUGUAUGCACACGACGUGUGUAUUUACAUGACUGCAUAUGUAUUCUCUUUUCAACUGCAACUUUGUUUUGUGAAAAAAUCUGUCCUUGCCACUUCAGGUGCUUACUACACGAUGCCGAUUAGCCCCGGUCUCAGGCUUGUUGGGCUGAACACCGUGUUCUACUACACUAACGACAGGGUGACUGCGCCUACUGAUGAUAAUACGGACCCAGCCGGGCAGUUUUCCUGGCUAGAGGGGGUUCUGCAACAGGCAGCAACUGACAAUGAGAAGGUGUUCCUGAUUGGUCACGUGCCACCAGGGUUUUUCGAACGAUACAAGGGGAAGAGUUGGUUCUACCCAGAAUACAACAGGCGCUAUCUGCAGGUCGUCACCAGACAUGCUGACGUCAUCAAGGGCCAGUUCUUCGCCCAUCAACACUGCGACAGCUUCAAACUUUUCUACGACGAGGAAGGCAGGGCCGUGAACUCCAUGCUGCUGGCCCCGGCCGUGACCCCAUGGACCACCACGCUGGACGGAGUUGGCGGGAACAACCCGGGAAUCAGACUGGUCAGUUACAACAAGAACACCGGAGAUCUAACGGAUGUAAACCAGUACUACUCCAACCUGGCUCUGGCGAACAUGCAGGGUUCUCCACUGUGGGGACGAGAGUACAGCCUCAGGGAAACCUUCAACCUGUCCGACGCCUCGCCGGCAUCACUUCAGAACCUCCUGGACAGCUUCAGCGACCGUUCAUCCGACAACUUCGAGAAGUACUACCUGUACAACUCCGUUAGCCUCGACCGGUCUACGUGUGACGAGGAGUGCAAAGUGGCACAACUGUGUGCCAUCAAGGAAGUCGACUAUGACAAGUAUGCAGACUGUACGAACGCACCCGGUAGUGGUGCAGAUACUGCCCAAGUCUCUACGCUCACCAGCUUUUCAAUGUUCCUUCUUUUUGUCAUGGCAGCUUCUGGUCUUUCUGCCUGACAGCAACAUUACCGUUGAGGCAUGUUGUAAUGAUGUGCAAAGAGUUAUCAUAUGUGCUCCAGGAAAGCAACUAAGGAAGGUUGCUGUUAGAUGCUUAUGCUUCAUGGUUUUUAAUUUUUGAAUCUUACAAAAGCUUGAAAUAAAUUCACUGAUAUCAAAAGUGAAAGAAAUGGAAUGUAUUUAGCUUGAAAUAACUUUGUACUAGGAUUGGUAUGUUUAAAGCUUUUGCUACUGUGAAAGAUCUUGGUGAAAACAAUGCGUACAGUGAAGUUUUUGUUGUUGUUGCAAAUGCUGGAGUUAGACCAAGGCACAAAAGAAAUAAGGAUUGCUUUCAGUAUGAUAAUCAUGAAUAAAUGUUACUAUUGACUAGAUUU